GGCGGUGUGCCCUGCCACCCCCCUCCCACAAGUAUUUUUCAGUCCUUUUGUCUCCAGCCAAAAAAAAAAAGUGACCAAAUUGGUAAUCUGGAGGUUUCAUUGAUUGUAAUUUCAUUUCAUUGAAUAUUACAGAUUGCUGCACCUUUUUUUUUUUAAAUUGAUUUAUUUAUCCCACACUCCUCGCAUUAUUUAUCGGAAGAACCGCCGCACUGAAACGGAUACAGUAAGCAAUUGAAAAAAAAAAAAAAAAAAACACUGCAUAUUUAUUUAUAGCCUGAACGUAGCGCGUUAAGUGCACCUCAGAACAAAACGCUUUUUUUUUUUUUUUAAACGAUUCAGCUACCUGCUGUCUUGAAUCACACCAGUGCAGAACUGCAUUAGGUGGGGAAGCCAUACGGCUUGACUUGAGAAAUGAGGCUGGGAUACUGUGUCUCGCAUUAGAAAACGGCUUAAUAAGCAAAACCGACAACCUUGUUAUGUCCUGAGAGACACGGAGCUGGAUAGCUAAUAGCGGCUAAAACGGACCGUCGCCUCUUGUUCGUCCUUUUCUUUUAAUAACAGAGUUUCUAAAAUGGGAAGACCACCUCAAGCGGACGGGAAUAUCAGCGUCAUGGCUGUGGAGCCCAUGCCCGGCUAUGCGGAUCUUAUAACGCGGAGCUGUUCCGCUUUGCUCCGUGCCUUCAACGAGUGCAGGGGCUGCGGGUUUGAGCUGUCUAAAAGGACGCUGUUGGAAAACGCCAUCUUAACGUGGAGCGACGUCCUGCUGUUUGUGGUUUGUGCCCUGGGGUGGACGGUCCUGCGACUGGCACUUUCUGCGUAUAUAUUCCGGCCGCUGGGACACUGGUGCGCUCUGCAGCCCAAGGAUGCGUCUAAAAUGCCGGAGAGCGUGUGGAAACUGCUCUUCUACACGGCAUCCUGGUCCUACAGCGUCUACCUGCUCUUCUUCACGCAGUACACCUUCUUCCAUGACCCGCCCUCCGCCUUUUAUGGCUGGAAGCAGGGGAUGGCGGUGCCCACUGACAUCGCGGUGGCCUACCUGAUCCAGGGCAGCUUCUACGGGCACGCGAUCUAUGCCACGCUGCACAUGGACACCUGGAGGAAGGACUCGGCCGUCAUGCUGCUCCACCACGUCAUCACCCUGGCACUCAUCGCCUUCUCCUACGCAUUCAGGUACCACCUCUUCACAAACGUGGGAAUCCUGGUUCUCUUCCUGCAUGACGUAAACGACAUCCAGCUGGAGUUCACCAAGCUCAACGUGUACUUGAAGAACCGGGCCGGAGUCUACCACCUCUUCAACGACCUGGUCUCCAACCUGGGCUGUGUGAGCUUCGGCACCACCUGGUUCUGGUGUCGACUUUACUGGUUCCCUCUUAAAGUCCUCUAUGCUACCUGUGUCUCCAGCCUGCAGUCUGUUCCCAAUAUCCCUUUCUACUUUUUCUUCAACACUCUGCUGUUUGCGCUCACCCUGAUGAACAUCUAUUGGUUUCUGUACAUUGUGCUGUUCGUGGUAAAGGUGCUGACAGGGCAGAUGACGGAAGUGAACGAUGUCCGGGAGUACGAUAUUGAGGACAGCAAGGAGACAGCUCUGCACAAGAAGCAACCCGACCGACCGCAUCACAACUCCUGGAAAGAACGGACGUGCUUGAAGAACGGCACUGCGAAGGACAAGCGCUUGAAGAACGGCAUUGUGAAGGACAAGCGCUUGAAGAACGGCAUUGUGAAGGACAAGCGCUUGAAGAACGGCAUUAUGAAGGACAAGUGCUUGUAACGGCCCCUGUAGCACCACCUUGUGGCAGGGAGCUGCACUGCAAGCCCAGAAGAUCACCCUGCUCUGUAUCCAAGUCAAUGUAAAUAUGCUUUGCAGAAAUUUUUUUUUCAAAUUGCACUGUAAAAAGUCUUAGUUUGUUUGAUUUGAUUUUCUCAUUUUCUCCUUCAAACCCGAGUGAAAUUGAGUGCGGGAUCAAUCGGGGAAAAAAAAAACAAAAACAUUUGGAAGCAGUAAUGUCAAUUCACCAGCCCUUUGUGCAUGAAUCGGGCUCAGGUCACAAGUGAAUUGAGUUUGCUGGUCUCAGCCAAGCCCUGCGCUGGAUGUUACAAAGCCACAGGCACAGUUCGGCACAGCUGGCAGCCUUUUCUAGUACUGAGAGACCCGGGACUUGACGUUAGGCAGGGUAGAGGCGCGCUAACUGGCAGAGCCGCGAGGAGACAGCCCUAUAGCGCCUGCCUGCCGGCUCCAUAUACCUGGCUGAAUCUAGUGCCACUGUCUCUGUCUUAAUCCUACAAAAAGAAUAAAGAAAACAGGGCUUACACUGCUUCUGUGUGUAAGUGAAGUGGGUGACACGUCUUAAGGUAACCCUGUUUAAGGAAGGGAGAGGGGUAAUAUGACGCUCUUCAGUGACAUCACUUUCCCUCCACUGUACAUGAAAUCAAAUAUAGAAUUCACAAAAUCACAUUAAAAAACACUUCUUAAAUACUGUGUAUCUUACUUGCAAACUCCAGAUACCUUUUAGUAAAGCUACAGAGAGUACUGUACCUGUUUGAGAUGGAUCAGCUCUGCAUAGAUAGGAGUGGUAGGCAUUCUGUAUACUUUUUAAUGGAACUGAUCUUUGGAGCUUUCUGGUACCCAAAAUUGGUGUGCGGAAGCCUCCUCUUUAUUGGAUUCAGAAGAGCCUGGGAUCAGGUCUGGAGACGAGUGUGGAGACACAGCUCUUAUUGUGAAGCUCAAGCAAGGCUUUAGCAAGCCCUGCUGUCUGUACUGGACAUCCUGCAGGUGGAAUUACAGCAAGCUGAACAACUGAGCUCAGCUGAUGCCACAACCAGUAGGCUGUCUGGUCAAACAGCAUCUUGGGAAUCCACGCUUGACUGAACAUUCCUCGAUUCUUUUAAGAAAGACUUUUGCUCUCCGGCUUCUUCACAAUGAAUCCUCUUGAGAUUUGAACUGAGCUGAACGUCGUGAAGUUAAUGCAGAUUUCUCCAGAGGCAGGACAGCUCUGAAUGAUCUCGCUGUUUUUAACCAACUACACAGUAUUGCACGCAGCUGUUCAUAUCUUGCUGUUCGCUUGUCAGAGGAUUCUAUUCUUUUGCACGGUGAACAUGUUUUUGAGCAAAUGCCCGCAGCAAUCCGACACCCGUGUUGAGCGUUUCUUGAGAGUGUUUUUGUGCCUCUUCAAAACCUUUCUCUGUUAAUGUUAAAGUCCCCUCAUUCCACAAACUGGGUUCAAAUGCAUUUUCUUGUUGCAAUUAGUAAAGCGCUUAAUUUAUUUUAACUGUAGAGUUUCUGCAAAUGUAAAACUCAAAGCUCUUUAUUGAUUUAGUUUUUUUUAUGGUUAAAUAUAACUUAUGAUGGAAGUGAUAAAUUCUGCAGAAGUUAGAAUACACACCAAGUUUCGCUGUACAUUUCAUAGCAUGGGUUGCAGUGAUGUAGGAAUUAUCUCCGAAAUUGAACUUUGUUCUGGUGAUCUAAGAAGUUUUGCUGUUAAUCAGAAGUCCCUUCAUAAUGUAUUAACUGGUCCAUUACAAUCAGUAACUGCCCACACACCAUCUUGGUAUUUAAAAAAAAGUGAUACAAUAUUAGAGAGACACACUGCAAUGCCCAAGGAUGAAUUAACAUAUAUGUAACACCUUACAGUGCAUGUGAAUUAUGUUAAUUCUUUUAUUUCACACUGAUCAGAGUUGGGUUUGGAAUAUACGCGUAAAGUCUCUUUAGUAUGUGUGGUUGUAGAUUUUAUGUAAUCCUUUUUUGUCUUUUUGUUCUCUAACCUUUUAUAAAUAUAGUAUUUACUGUAGAGCUGGUUUUAAAACACAGAUGAGAGCUGAUCUGAGAUUACGUAAAGUAACAGCUAGCUCAAGAUUCGUGCCGAUCGGGGUCAGAGAGCAUACGGUUUAAGAUCCUGUUGAAGUUCUUUUUUUUUAGCUUGAAAAAUUAGCAUUUUGGGGAAAAUAGCAAUAGCAAACGAGUAAAUGAUGGGUUGUUUUUUAUGGUAGAAUCUUUUAUUCAUGAGAUUUGUAUCCCACUCAGCACUGAAUGUUUUUUUUUUUUUUUUUUUUUUGUUUGUUUGUCUGUGGAAAGCAUGCACAAUGGCUACAGUAACAGAGACCCGUCAUUAGUAAAUAUACAGCUGUUUUCUUGUGACAAGCCUGCCAAUGCAGUUUGAGCUAAAACUGUUAGCUUAUGACAGCAAAAAAAGGACUAGGCAAAUACACCUUGAGACCCCAAGAGGGCGCCGUAAUGCUCGAGGCCAUAAUGGACAUGUUUAUUAAUUAGUGUUCAGGGUGAAAAAAAAAACACAAAUUUAAUCUCAAUGAAUAUUACUCCACAUUUGCAUCACCGACCAAAAGUAUCAAUAUUUUCAACAAACAUUUUUUUUUUUUUUUUUUUUUUCAUUUCUUAGAUUUUGUAUUUAAAGUUUGUGGUUGGUGUCUGGACAGUGUUAUCCCAGAUCUAGUUUACAUGCGAAACGUUUUGCAGCUAUGUAGUUCUUAAGCUACCUGGGUACAAUACUGUAACUGAGUUCCUGCAAGUCGUUGCGUGUGCCUGUCUGGUAUACCAGGAUCCUGUUUCUUGCUGGCAUCGUCGUUUUCUUUCAGUGCUGUUGAACUGGUGGGGAACUCAACAUUCGUGAGCCUGAAACAGUAGGGGUCUGAUGCAGUGCGAGCGACUGACUUCAGCAGUGUCUAUGCAGCCUAGAUUGCAUAAAAAUAUAUAUUUUUUAAUCUGUUCUGUUUCCUAGUAGUAUCAAAUUUAAUUGCAGAAAAUGAAUCUGCACAUUUGCUGAUUUUUUUUCUGGUACUUUUUGAUCUGUAGUUUCCAUUGGACCCCAAAUCAAGUGUUUGCAUAUAUCCAAACAUAGAUUUGAACCCAUCACCCCUCUCCUCGUACCAGACGAGAAACGUUGAACCCCAAUUCUUCUAAUUCCGCAUGCAUGUUCAGUGGCUGUAAAAAACAUGUCUAAGAAAUGUGUAUUUCUUUUGUAAUAAAAUGUAAAUAUUUAAACCACAGAAGUGUUAUCUG